CGGCGGCGGCGCGGCGGGCAGCAAUGUACAGUGGUGUAUGCAUCUGCGUGUUCCUUGCUGUGCUCUCAGCGAGCUCUUUCGGACAGCAGACUGCGGGCUCGCACAAUGGGAAUCCACUGGCUGCCGAGCUUGAACAGAGCUUGACAGAACGGCACCAGCAGGUCCGUUCCCCUUCAUCUGCCGGCCCGCUGAAACCUGUCCCACGGCUGGAUGGAAGCAUUGACCAAAGAGCUAACAUCGGUGCUUUGUUGGCCAAGUAUCUCCAGCAAGCCAGAAAAGGUCCUGCUGGAAGGAUCUCUGUUAUGGGAAACAGGGUACAGAGCAUUGAUCCUACACACAGGAUAAAUGACAGGGACUACAUGGGCUGGAUGGAUUUUGGACGCCGCAGUGCUGAAGAAUAUGAGUACUCCUCCUAAAGAACCACAAACUAUAGCAACAGGAAAAAAUAAUCA